UCGAGCGAAAGAGACAAGAUGGGCCAUCAGCAGCUCUACUGGAGUCACCCCCGAAAAUUCGGACAGGGUUCUCGAUCCUGCCGGGUAUGCUCGAACAGACACGGUCUGAUCCGUAAAUAUGGACUCAACAUGUGCCGCCAGUGCUUCAGGCAGUACGCUCAUGACAUCGGCUUCGUCAAGCUGGACUAAAUGUCGCAUCCUCGGAUGGGUCCAGUGAUCUCUGGAUGGCUGGCCAAGAUGGGAUAAUUUAGCACUGCAAAUAAAUGUGUUUUUUUUCUCCAA